AUGGCCUCGCAGCUAGAGUCACCGCCGCCGUCGCUGGCGCCGGCGAAGUAUGGCCCGGUGGCUACCACCACCGCCAUCACUGCUAUAGCUCAGGCUGACGAUGUCCUGCGGGAGAUCUUCCUCCGUCUCCCUUCCCUCCCGAGCCUCGUCCGCGCCGCCCUGGCCUGCCGCACCUUCCUCCGCGCCGUCCGUUCGUCCUCCGGCUUCCGCCGCUGCUUCCGGGCGCUCCACCCUCCCCAAAUCCUUGGAUUGUACGAAGACCCAUGGAAACCAUGCAUUCCUGCCUUCGUCCCCCUCCGUAGCCUUUCCGACCAAGACCUGACCGCCGCCGUUCGCGGCGCCGAUUUCCUCCUCACCCGCAUCCCGGAAGACAGUGGCGACCCCGGGUGGGAGAUGCACGACUGCCGCUGCGGCUACGUCGUCCUCCACCACAAGGGCACCAAGCAGAUCGCCGCCUACAACCCCCUCACGCAGCCGUUGGAUAUCUUCCCCCGCCCGCCCCAAGAGGCCAACUGCGAUUCUCGAUACCUUAAUUUCCGCAUCAUCUUCUCCGGAGAGGACCAGAGGUCAUUCCAUGUGGUCUGUGUCCGUCGCCGCAAGUGGCGCCGGCGCAUACGGGUUCGCAUCUCUGUCUUCUCACCAGACAUUAGGGUGUGGCAGGGUUUCUCGUGGGUAGAGUUCUCGACGACGCAAGCGCAACCAGCUGGGGAGGAUGGAGGUGACAACAACAAUGCCUACAUUAACAUUGCUACACUGGUCAAUGCAUAUGAUAGGUUAUCCCGUUGUUAUAUCAAGAACCAACCAUACAUGCUCAACACCUCAAUGCCGCAUUUAUGUCGAAUUGAUUUGCCGCGGCCCUUGAAAGAUAUGGACCCUAGACAUGUUGAACUUGGUUGGACCAAGGACGGGAAGCCCUGCUUGGCUUGCAUAGAUGACUUCCAUGCAAACAAAGGAACGCUUGCUCUUUGGAUGUGGAGAGCCGACGACGGUGAUGGUGUUGACAAAUGGAUGCCACACAAGGUUUUCCCACUGAAUACGUUUAUCGAUGUCACUAUGUGUUCGAAAGAGUACAUCGUUAAUGUAGAUUUUGUGGCGGUGAUCGAUGGGUUUGCGUUCCUGUCUAUUGAUUAUGCUAUAUACAGUGAGUGCCUCAUAUCCUUCUGCCCGGAAACAGAGAAUGUAAACAAGCUCUUCAGUCAUACAUUGGACUGCAAUAUCCACCCCUACAUCAUGGCAUGGCCUCCUUCUUUGGUAGGCAACAAGGAGGAUUUAGAAACCAAAGUUACUGGAGACAAUUUGGUGGAUGAUGGUCCUGUGGUCACCGAAGAAACUCCCUCUGUUCUUGUCACCGCAUUGCGGUCAUAUAAGGAAGCUCUGAUUAAUGGCAAUGGGGCAAAAGUUGCAGAGAUAGAGGCAUUUCUACUAUUUAUCGAGGGCGAGAAGAAGUCUCUAGUUGCAGAAUAGAAAACCGCGAGACAUUGUAUCUUAAGGAUAAGUGACGGUGUUGAUGGCUACAGGAGAAGGGCAGAAAGAGAGAGGCUGUGACAAGUUGAACCAGCCUCUUUGGGAUGACCAUGUUGUAUUUCUUCUGAUGAGUCUUGUUUAUAUGUGUUGGUACUUCAGUUUCUGGACGGUGUGGCGAUAACAUCAUCUGCUAGUUUCAUAUACUUGUAGGAUAGCAAGGGAACACUGCAGGCAUAAGCUACGGCUAAUGAGGGUAACCAUCAGUAUGACUAUUUGGCAAGAGACCAAAUCAUGAGCUUAUCUUCCCGGAGGUUGCUAUUUUACUGUGCAUCACCGAGUUGACAGUUGAGACCCACUUUGCUUCUUGGCUUGAGUACUUAUCUGCUGUGGAUCUACUCUUUUUUAUCUCUUCA